GGGUUACUGUGCCAAAGUUAGAAUUUAUAGUCAUAUUUAUUGUGUCAUUGUGGUGCUAUUGAUAAUCGUAUGUAAGCAAGUGUACGAUGUGCAUGGUGCAUCGGCAGGUAGUUCUUGGCCGAGUAUGAAGACAUACGACAUUUGGGGUUCGCCACAGAAUAAAGCAGCUGCAGCAACAUCAUCGUUGCACACACAACACGGCGGCAGCAGCACAUUGACUGCAUCGAAUGAUCUUGAGAUCCACGACUAUCGAGACAAAACCAGUUUUCGAAACGGGAAAGUGCUAAAUUUCUUUGCAACACCGAGUGAAGAUGAAUGCAAAUCGGAAGACGGUCUACGGUCGGGAGUAUGUAUGAACGUAUAUGAUUGCCAUCAAAAAGGCGGCACCGCCAAAGGACAGUGUGCACUUGGCUUCGGUGCUUGUUGUGUGUUUAUUGCAACGUGCGAUCAAGAAAUCAAGAACAACAUCACAUACUUCAUAUCACCCAACUUUCCGGCUCUAAUGUCAACCCACAUCAAAAGUUGCAAGCUCAAGAUUAAAAUGAUGUCAUCCGAUAUUAGCCAGUUGAGAUUCGAUUUUAUUCACUUUUCCAUUGGUCAGCCCAAUCGUGCCAACGGUGCAUGUGAUGGUGAUACAUUUUCACUCGUUGGCGGCGCUUCCGGUAAUUUCAAAUUGUGCGGAUAUAACAACGGUCAACAUAUUUAUUAUGAUGUUCCAAAUCGGAAGGCACGCGACGGAAAAACGCCCAAGGGUAUUGAUCUUAUCAUGAAUUUCACUAGCUCCUUUGAAACAGCUCGAUUCUGGGAAGUUCGUGUCUCGCAAAUUCCAUUCAGUCAAAGAGCUCCAACUGGUUGUCUUCAAUAUUUCUUUGGUAAUGAAGGAAUUAUACAGACGUUCAAUUUCGCCGAGAAUGGUCGUCAUUUAUCGAAUCAAAAGUACAAAGCGUGCAUUCGUCAAGAAUCCAAAAUGUGUUCAAUCGCCUAUGAGCCGUGCAAUGAGCAAUCGUUCCGCAUCGGACCAAAUCGACCGAGAGAAGCAGCGUAUGCGAGUCCAUUGGCCUCUCCUUAUUCCAGUUACAAUGGUGUCUUUCCUUAUCAGAAUAAUCCAUAUCAAAUAAAUCCAUUUCAAACUAACCCUUAUUAUCCAAAUCCAGCCCUAAAUAAUCCGAUAAUUGGACCCAAUGGUAUGCUGAUACCCAAUCCUUAUGCCACCAACGGAAUUCUGCCGCCAAAUCGAAUUGUUUACGAUGCAAACGGUGCUCCGGCAGUGUUGUCGCCGAAUGGGGUGCUCACACCAAUCAAUCCAAAUGCCUUAACAGCUCAAAUGAGUGGAAUACCAUUGACUGUGUCCACAAAUGGAGCGGAUAGUGUGAUUACACAAGCCAAUCCAUACCAAGAUCCAUCCAUGCUGAAUUCGUAUAAUGGGACCAGUCCAAGUUCAGGAAAUUCCACGACUUCGGGUAAUUCAACCAUGAGCUCAACGACAACGACUACAACAACUCCGGCUCCUCAGGAUGAUGAUGUUGAAGGUUCAGGCGAUGACGACGAUGAUGCUGACAAUCGAGAUGAUUUAACGUCACUUUUUUCAAUCGGAUCAUUUAUAACGAGAGCCGCAUUAUUCCGGCGGUCAAUUCGAUCCGUUGACCCGGUAACGGUGCCAGUUAAUAAAGAACACAAAGCACGACAGUCACGCCAGUUUUAUUCUAGCUGUAAUGAUCGAAUCACUUUGCCUUGCAUUGUUGAGGAUUUCAUUUCCGUUGGCACCGGUUCCAUACCAACGUGUUCGCCAAUUCACUGCGGUGAUUCAUUGUGCCCGUCAAAUGUAUCACCGUGUCGCGUUGAAUCGACCGUCACACCAUUCGCUAUUGGCGUUCACUUUGGCGAUGGAUUAAAUAAAGGCUUUGCCGAAGAAAAUAUUGGUGCUUGCAUACGAUAUAAACAAUUGAAUUGUAUAUAAACAUGAGAUCUAGAAUGAAAUUUUGUAAAUAAAAGAGAUUUUAAUUUAGUUUAGGCAGAAAACGAAUUAUAUUGUCUCUUUAUUGUUUUGCGGAGUCUGAAUCGGGUUGUGAAGAACAUUUUUCAAUAUUUGCAACUCGAUUUUCGUCUGUCAGAAGCUUCUGUUUUUCAAUUUCAAAUUCCAUAUCCAUUUGAACGCAAAUAUAUUUGCUAAUUCUGCGAACACAUUCACAAGUAUCAUCUGGUGUUCGCGAAUUAUUCAUUACCAUUUCGGCAGACAUCAAUGUUAUACUCUCCAGGU